AUGUCACAUAUAUUUUUUUACAUUGUAGCUUCAAAUGUUGAUACAAAAGAAAAUGUUCGUUUGCCAGCAACUGACAAGUUUCCAAGGACUGAGUUGUUACUUUCACCUUAUCAACUUAUAGAAGAAAAUUAUCCCAUUCCGCUGAAAGGUGGUCUUGCUAAAAAGUAUGAGAAUUAUGUAAUGACUAAAGAUACAUAUGCUGAGGUAAAUUCAGAAUCAAAAAUGUAUGGUAUAGAUUGUGAGAUGUGUAGGACAACUUUGGGUUCACUAGAACUGACCAGAAUAUCUAUUGUAGAUGAAGCAUUAAAUGUAGUUUAUGAUACUCUUGUCAAACCAGACAAUAAAAUUACAGAUUAUCUUACUCCCUAUAGUGGUAUUACCAAAGAUAUGUUAGAAAAGGUCACAACAAGAUUAUCUGAUGUACAAGACUUUAUAAGAAUUUUCCUUCCUGCUGACGCAAUCAUUGUUGGACAGAGCCUUAAUUCAGACUUCAAUGCUUUGAAAAUGAUGCACCCAUAUAUAAUUGAUACAGCAGUAAUAUUUAAUGUUACAGGAGACAGAUAUCGAAAAACAAAAUUGAAGGUACUUGCCUCGACGUUUUUGAAUGAAAAUAUUCAAAAUAAUAAAGCUGGACACUGUUCAGCGGAAGAUGCUACAGCUUCUUUAAAAUUGGUUCAGCUCAAGUUGGCCAACAGUAUUGAUUUUGGUGAUUCAAUAUUAAUAGAGAAGUCACAUUUUAGCUCUUAUAUGUCUGAGUUAAAAAAAGACAAAAGAACUAUGAAAUCAAAAUACGAAAAUUGUAAUUUCACUGUGGGAUCUUCAAUUUUUAACCGCACUACCAAUGCUGAAACAGGGCACAGCAAAACUGCAGGGAUUUUUGGAUGCACAGAAGUAAUGAAUAAUUAUUCUAAAUUUAUGAAAAAUUCGAACUUAAAAAUAACGUAUGGUAAUGACUUCCAAGUUGGGGAUCACGUGCGUCUUGUAAUCUCGGAAAGCAAUCGUGAAUUAGUAAAGAGGUGUUCACAGGUGGCAGCAGAGCAUGCUCUUAGUUUCCUUCAUGUUACAUUGAAUAAUGAUGAUUUAGCAGAAGACAAUGUUGCUAAAACUCUACAUUCUGUUGAUAAGUGGAUUGAAAAACUUUGGAAACACACCAAGCAAUAUGGGAUGUUGUGUGUUUUAUUUAGUGGAAAAAAAAAUUCCUCAACUGGAGCUUGCUUUUUGAGCAUCAAAAAUGAAAUUAAUACUGAAGAUGUUUCUAAAGUAUAGAUAAUCUAUUAACACUGCCAUUCCAUGUAUUCAAUAAAUAUAGUUAUGGGGUUGCGUGCCCCAUGCACGAAACACGGGAAACAGCAUUAGUAAGGUCACGAUCACACAUCUACAAAAUACAGCUAUAGAUUGUGAAAAGCGGCGAAGAGUAUAAAGUUCUCCCACUAUCUGUCGAUCUCAUUUGUGCAGCAAUUAUUGCAAUUUACUUUAUUAUGAAAACAAUGAUAACUUGAAGUGUAAAGAAUUUAUAGAAAAAUGAAGACACCUAAACGCAAACAAAAAAGUAUAAACGUGUAUUCUUACUUCGAAUUUUGCAAGAGUAUCUAGUCUAUUGUUCCCGUAUAACCAGAUGCAAGUUAUGUUCUGGGAAGAUAAGAAAAAAGGUACAUCUCAUUUCCUCAUAACUACAGGGGCUUUUGUACAACUGCAUUAAUUUUGUGCUAUGGUACAGAAUAUAUUUUAAACAAAUUUUAAUGUUAAAAUUACAAACUCACAUGAAAAAAAUUAAGGUGUUCUUGAGCCACUGAUCCAAAGGGAAGUAUUUUUUUUCUACAUUCCCUGUUUAUACACAACAGGUACUAUAAAAUAGAUUCAAAAUUUUCUAAAGAGAUGAAACGAUAAUAAUUAUUAGUUAUUGUAAAUAA